AAGUGAAGCGUCUUCAUUCGUUCUUUGAAGUUUUCAAAGACGAAGACAAGACUCAAAACCAGCCAUUCUUUCUAUGUCCAUCACUACUUCAUUUAAAAGUUUUCACCAGAGAACACGGUUAUCUCUCUUCCAAAGCUCAAAAUUUUUGGAGUGCUCGUGCGAUAUGGGUGUUCAAGAUUUCUGGGUGGUUCUCUUUGUCAUUGGAUUUUGCUUCCAGCCACUAGUUUUGCGUUCUCAUAACCUGACGUGCCAUCCAAAUGAUUUGUAUGCAUUGUUGGAUUUCUCGAGUAGUCUGCAAAGUGCCAUUGGUGGGUGGGGCAAGAAUUUCUCUGCUGAUUGCUGUAAAUGGGCAGGUAUUACUUGCAACUCUUCGUUCUCUCUUGGAUUGAAUGAUUCUGUUGAUACUUAUAGAGUGGUUGAGUUGGGUCUUUCGAGUAAAAAACUAAUCGGAAAUGUCUCUGAAUCUUUGGGAAAUUUGGAACAACUUCGAGCCCUCAAUCUUUCUCACAAUUUCCUUAAAAACUCACUUCCUGCUUCACUUUUCCAAUUGCCAAAUUUAGAGUACUUAGACUUGAGUUUUAAUGACUUGUCUGGCCCCAUUCCAGUUGAUUUCAAUUUACCUUCACUUCUGUUCCUUGACAUCUCUCAAAAUUACUUUAAUGGUUCUAUUCCACAAAGCAUCUGCGCAAAUUCUAUUAGGCUUCAGGUACUGAAGUUGGCUGUGAACUACUUGUCUGGUAAUCUACCACCAAGUCUUGGAAAUUGUAGUUCCUUGGAGGACCUAAGUCUUCUCACGAAUAAUCUCUCCGGUGGUGUACCUGAGGGUAUAUAUCAGCUGCAAAAUCUGACCAGAUUAACUAUUCAAGAUAACAAGCUUACUGGGCCACUGAGCAAAGAAGUUGGUAAGCUGAUUAACCUUAAUCGUUUGGAUAUCUCAGCGAAUUGGUUUUCAGGGACUAUUCCUGAUGUUUUCCACAGCCUUGGAAGAUUACAGUAUUUUGUUGCUCAUUCCAAUAAUUUCAGUGGUCAGAUACCCCCUUCCUUGUCAAGUUCCCCAACUAUCUCUUUGCUUAAUUUGAGAAACAAUUCAUUGGACGGUCCAAUUGAUAUAAAUUGUUCAGCAAUGACAAGUUUGGCCUCUCUUGAUCUAGGUUCAAACCAGUUUGAUGGGGAAAUUCCAUCCAAUCUUCCCUCUUGUCGGCAUUUGAAUAAUAUAAAUCUUGCCCGGAACAACUUGAGUGGCCAAAUACCUGACAGCUUCAAGGAUUUUCAUACUCUCAAUUACCUCUCACUUUCGAACUCCAGCCAUUAUAAUCUGUCAUCUGCCCUUCAAAUUUUACAGCAGUGUCAGAAUCUAACUACUUUGGUUCUCGCCAUGAACUUCUAUGAUGAAGAAUUACCCGCCGAUCCAACCAUUCAUUUUGCAAAGUUGAAGGUUCUCAUUAUUACAAACAGUAGGCUCACGGGUUCAAUACCCCAGUGGUUGAGUAGGAGCAGCAGAUUGCAGUUAUUGGAUAUAUCCUGGAACUGCUUGGAAGGUACAAUUCCAGCUUGGCUUGGCAAUUUUACUGAUCUCUUCUUCUUGGAUAUAUCAAACAAUUCUUUUAAUGGCUAUAUCCCGAGAAGCUUAACUAAACUACAGAGCCUCAUUACUGGGAACAUCUCAUUUAGGGAACCAUCCCCUGAUUUUCCUCUUUUCAUGAAAAAGAAUGCAAGUGCAAGGGGAUUGCAGUACAAUAAAGUUUGGAGCUUUCCACCGACACUGGAUUUCAGCAACAAUAAUCUUAGCGGACCAAUCUGGCCAGCCUUUGGAAACCUGAAAGCGCUUCAUGUUUUGAAUCUGGGAUUCAACAGUCUAUCAGGACCAAUUCCAAAUUAUUUAUCUGAGGUGACCAACUUGGAGACAUUGGAUUUGUCUCAUAACAAGCUUUCAGGGGAAAUACCGCCUUCAUUGGUUCGUCUCAGCUUUUUGUCCAAGUUUAGUGUUGCAUACAAUCAAUUGGAUGGAGAGAUCCCUACAGGAGGUCAGUUUGGGACCUUCCCAAAUUCAAGCUUCGAAGGGAAUAAUAAUAUUUGCGGUGAUUAUGCUUCCCCUUGUCCCUCUUUUUCAGAACCACUGCCACAGCCACGGCCACACAGCAAAUCAAGAGUAGAAUACAAGGGUGUUGUCAUUGGAAUAGCUAUGGGAUUUGUAUUUGGAGUAGCUUGCUUUAUAAUAACAGAUAGAUAUGUAUGGACUUGGCAUUUCUAAUUUCUGUUCAACACCACACCCACCCCACCCCGCACCACCCCCCCAAAAAAAAAAAAAAAAAAAACCUCCUGCUCCUCGCGUAAGGGGUUAGGGCUAGGUUGAAAUGUAUUGUCGUUUUUUCUCUCUGUAAUUCAAGUUUUUUUUGCUUUUCUGGUAGCUGCCCUCCUUCCUUGCAUAAGGGGUUAGGGUUAGGUUGAAAUGUAUUGUCGUUUUUCUCUCUCUGUAAUUCAAGUCUUUUUUGCUUUUCCGAUCUGUU